ACCACCACACUUCUCUUACGCGUUUCUAUCUCAUUAAUUCUUCAAACAAAACAAAUAAGGGGAAAGAAAAAAAGUGUUGUGUUUAUUACUCAUUUAAUUUUAAUUAAUUAGUAUUUCCAUUAACAGAGUCAAAAUAAAAAAGCAACCAUUGUUUUCGUUUCGAAAUUGAGUAGUAAGAGAGAGAGUGCAAUGCAUUGAGUGUGUGGCGGUUAUGGCGGCGGCGACGGCGAAGAGAGAUGAAUCAUCGGAAUUAAAGGAGCGGUUAUGGAAACUCGUUAAAACUAUAGUUGAAUCCGAUGACUAUAGUUUACAAAUCGCCGAUGAUGCAAUCGCUACUCUUUCUUCUCUCAAGGAUUUCAAAUUCAACAAUAAUGGAACAAAAAACUCUUUCUCUUCUAAAUUGGACCAAUUUACCCUUCCUCCUGAAUUUCGUUGCCCUAUUUCCACUCAAUUGAUGAUCGAUCCUGUUAUCUUGUCCACCGGCCAGACUUAUGAUCGGCCGUUUAUCCAGAGGUGGUUGAAUGAAGGCAAUAGGACAUGCCCUCAAACCCAGCAAGUUCUAUCUCACACAAUUCUUACUCCUAAUUACUUGGUCCGAGACAUGAUUGCGCAGUGGUGUAAGGAGCAUGGACUUGAGCUACCAAAGCCUAAUACCCGGGACACUGAUGAAGUUGUGACUGAUGCAGACAAAGACCGUUUAAAUACAUUGCUUCAUAAGUUAUCAUUGUCUGUUUCUGAUCAGAAAGCAGCUGCGAAAGAGCUUCGCUUGUUAACGAAGCGGACACCUUCGUUUCGAACCCUUUUUAAGGAGUCUGGUGAUGUGAUCACGCAGGUGCUUCGUCCAUUAUCGCCGGGCAGUGCUUGUACUCAUCCUGAUCUUCAAGAGGAUUUGAUCACAACUGUUCUGAAUCUCUCAAUUCAUGACGAUAAUAAGAAACUGUUUGCAGAAGAUCCAAACCUCAUUAACCUGCUGAUUGAUGCCUUGAAAUGGGGAACCAUUCAAACAAAAAGCAAUGCUGCAGCAGCUAUUUUUACAUUAUCAGCUCUUGAUUCCAACAAACACAUCAUUGGGAAAUCUGGAGCUAUCAAACAUUUGAUUGGCGUUCUAGAUGAGGGACAUCAAAUUGCCAUGAAAGAUGCGGCAUCGGCCAUAUUUAACCUAUGUCUUGUCCACGAGAAUAAAGGGAGGACAGUACGAGAAGGGGCAGUUAAGGUCAUUUUGAAUAAGAUCACGAACCACAUUCUAGUUGAUGAGCUGUUGGCUAUACUGGCACUCCUCUCCAGUCAUCCCACAGCUGUUGAAGAAAUGGGCCAUCGUGGCGCCGUUACUUUCUUACUGAGUACUAUAAGGGAAAGCACAUCAGAAAGGUGCAAGGAAAAUUGUGUUGCAAUCCUAUAUACAAUCUGUUAUAGUGAUAGAACAACGUGGAAGGAAAUCAAAGAAGAAGAAAAAACCAAUGGUUCACUGUCAAAGCUUGCACAAUGCGGAACUUCAAGGGCGAAAAGGAAGGCUAGCAGUAUUCUAGAGAGGGUUAACAGAUCUCCAUCGUUAACUCACACUGCUUAGUGCUUAGUCAAAUUAAACCUCCAAAAUCAGAAAAAUCACCACUGUAAAUGUUUUUCUUGCUCUCUUCUGUACAAAUGGGAAAGAAAAGUUCACAUAUUUUAUGUACAUUUACUGCAUACUGUUCUUUAUCACAUGCAAUAAGGCAAAAAUGAAUAUGGGUUAUUAAAGCAAAGUUUUCUACUUUUAAAUUCA